GUGUGUGAUUAAGAAUAUUUAUAAAUAUAUAUGUAAAUAUUUAAUAAUUGAUAAUAAAGCAGAAGAACGCAAUAGCCGCGCAGUAUGGAGUAUGAGAAGCUAAUGGCAGUCGGAGUGUAAAGGGAAGGAGGCGUCCGUCGACAUUAAUUAGCUAGCCGUUUUCCCACGGAGAGGAGAGCCCUUUCCUGUUUUCUCCUUGAUAGAAGACAAUGGAGACAGAAAUUGAGCAGCAGGACGAAGAGACCACAUUCAGCAACACUGACACUAACGGUAAACGCCCUGCUGAGGACAUGGAUGAGGAACAAGCCUUCAAACGCUCCCGUAACACAGAUGAGAUGGUGGAGCUGAGAGUGCUGCUACAGAGCAAAAAUGCAGGUGCAGUGAUCGGAAAAGGUGGCAAGAACAUUAAAGCACUUCGGACAGACUACAAUGCCAGUGUAUCAGUCCCAGACAGCAGUGGCCCAGAGCGCAUCCUGAGUGUGAGUGCUGAUAUUGAGACAAUCGGAGAGAUUCUUCUGAAGAUCAUCCCUACUCUUGAGGAGACUUGUUCUCCUUCUGUUUGGCAGUACCAGCACUACAAUGGUAUAGACUUUGAUUGUGAGCUGCGCCUGCUGAUUCAUCAGAGUUUGGCAGGAGGCAUUAUUGGUGUCAAAGGGGCCAAGAUUAAGGAAUUGAGAGAGAAUACCCAGACGACCAUUAAACUCUUCCAAGAGUGCUGCCCUCAUUCGACAGACCGUGUGGUUUUAGUGGGAGGAAAACCUCAGCGAGUGGUGGAGUGCAUUAAGGUCAUCCUAGAACUGACGUCAGAGGCUCCUAUUAAAGGCCGUGCUCAGCCUUACGACCCAAAUUUCUACGAUGAGACCUACGACUAUGGUGGCUUCACCAUGAUGUUUGAGGAGAGAGGGCGACGGCCCAUGGGAGGGUUCCCCAUGCGUGGGCGCGGCAGUUUUGAUCGUAUGCCCCCCAGCCGUGGCGGACGCCCCAUGCCCCCCUCUAGGCGCGACUAUGAUGAUAUGAGUCCCCGCCGUGGACCACCUCCACCUCCGUUAGGGAGAGGGGGCCGAGGCGGGAGCCGGGCCCGAAAUCUGCCUCUUCCUCCUCCACCUCCUCCCAGAGGAGGAGGCGACCGGUUUUCCCACCAUCACGGCAACAUAGACGACAGACCGAGUGACAGAAGAGGAAGACCUGGAGAUCGCUACGAAAGCAUGAGUGGAGGUGGAUAUGACAAUAACUCUUCUUGGGAACCCUUCCAAUCUGGUGGACGAGGUUCCUACGGCGACAUCGGUGGUCCUGUCAUCACAACACAAGUGACUAUACCCAAAGACCUGGCCGGCUCCAUCAUCGGGAAAGGCGGACAGCGUAUUAAGCAGAUCCGUCAUGAGUCCGGAGCCUCCAUCAAAAUCGAUGAGCCUCUGGAGGGUUCAGAGGAUCGUAUCAUCACCAUCACAGGAACGCAGGACCAGAUUCAGAACGCCCAGUAUCUUCUGCAGAACAGUGUGAAGCAGUACUCGGGUCGGUUCUUCUAGAGGACAGCAAGCAAAGACAUACUGCUCCACCUGUUUUCCUUCAGCUUCUUUUCAGAGUCUACAUUCCUCUGCCUCUUCAGUAGAUGUGUCCCCUGCCGCUCUCCUGACACCUUAAAGAAAAGAUUUUUAGGGGUGGAAGAACGAUCUCGGAAUUUAGCAGAAUGAGUUGAUCUAGAUUCUUUUCCUUCUCUUCCCCUGUGCUUUGGAUGCGUUGAUUUCUCCGUUUUUGGAUUCUUCUAACGUUCUGUGAUUAGCAGAGCUGUGUAAUAUCCACAUUUAGUCUGAGCAGAGCUGCAUGCCCGGUUUGUCUAACAAUUCAGAAUGUAAUCUUUGGUAAUUCUUUUUGUGUUUUACUAUUUUAUUUCCCUUUUGCCAUUUUUGUCAUUUCUUUCAAAAAAAGUUGAAAUGUCAAAAUGUAAAUGUCCAGCUGAGUUUUAAAAUCUUAGCAUCUGUAUUUAAUGAGCUGCAAUGAAUGUUGGGGGGGGGAUAUGAAGAAUAUGAAGUUGAAAUGUUGAAAUGAAAUUUUUCCUGUUUUGAUUGGCUAUGGCCUGACUGUAAUCUCACUGAUAUCAGGAUCCAUUUAAUCUCAUCAAUGCUUAUUUUGUACGUCCGUUUCUACGCUUUUUUAACAUUUUAGAUUGGGUCUCUUCAAAAACUUCUGUAAAGGUCUCCUGGUGUUCUCAUCCCCCAUCCCUGUUUUCUGGUGUCUGUGUAGAAUGUGCUGUGAGUCUGAGUAAUAAAGUCUGUGCCACUUUUUAUUAAAAA